AAUCAAAUGGUCAGAAAAUGUUUGAUAAAUCUUUGUGUUUCCGUAAACAUAUCAACUUUAGUCCAAAUAUAAAUUGGGAAUGAUAUAAUUGAGAUGUUUAAAUAUUAAACUGUGGUGAAAAGUUCACAAAAUGCCAGUGUACACGGGAACGUUACCGGACCAAACGUUCGAGCUGAUGGAUCGAAUAGUGAACAGAGAUAAAUGGCGUGCUGAGCCAAUGAUGAGGAAGGGGCUGAGGCUUCACACUCCUGUGCUGAACGUGCUGAUGACCUACACAAACACAGAUCCUUGCUACACACUUGGGGAGUGCUCCAAGGCUAUGAUGGACUUACAGCUGUACCACGUUCGCUACCACAUCAGGGACGAUAUACCUUACAAUUUUGUCCUUGGAGGUGACAACCGCAUCUACUGCGGGCGGACCUGGCAGUGGGUGGUGCCGAUGCCAGAAGAGUUCAGAAGGAAACAUCGAGACACAAUUGUCAUCGCUAGGAUCGGACGUCCGCAAGAGGACCCUAAACAGCAAGAGAAAGACUUCUUGGCCGGCCACGAUCUGUGUGAGUGGGCGGAAGAGUUAGGACUUCUAACUAAAGGUUAUAACGUUCGUAUGAUUCCGAACGACUGGAACGUCUAUGAAAAUGAGGACCCAGACUGAGUAUUCACUGAUAUUAGAAAUAUAUGUCCACUAAUCAGUUUUAAAAUACAUUUUGUAUACAUUAUUAAUAAUA